AAGCCUCACACUAAAAAAAAAAACUAAAAAAACACAAAAAAAAAAAAAAAGGAAUCAUGGAGAAGAAGAUCGACAACAACAUCAACAAGAUCGAGGAACAAACCCGACAUGGCACGAGAAGGGCAAAGGGGGGUUUGAUCACAAUGCCCUUCAUCUUCGCGAACGAGAUAUGUGAGAAAUUGGCCGUAGUGGGAUUUCAUGCAAAUAUGAUAAGCUACUUGACCACUCAGCUUCAUCUCCCUUUGACCAAAGCGGCAAACACUCUGACCAAUUUCGGCGGGACCUCGAGCCUCACUCCUUUGCUCGGUGCCUUCUUGGCCGAUUCCUUCGCCGGCCGGUUCUGGACCAUAACCAUCGCUUCAAUCGUCUACCAGAUCGGGAUGACGUUGCUGACACUAUCGGCGAUAUUACCGAACCUGAGACCGCCGCCGUGCCAUGGAGAGGAAGCUUGUCGAGAGGCGGACACGGGGCAGUUGACGGUUCUUUACGUGGCUCUGCUUCUUGCGGCUGUCGGGUCUGGUGGGAUCCGACCUUGUGUCGUCGCUUUUGGUGCCGACCAGUUCGACGAGUCCGAUCCUAAGCAGACCACCAAGACUUGGAACUACUUCAAUUGGUACUACUUCUGCAUGGGGGCAUCUAUGCUAGUUGCCGUGACGGUCCUCGUCUACGUCCAAGACAACGUCGGAUGGGGAUUAGGAUUAGGGAUUCCGACCGUGGCAAUGCUGUUCUCGAUCGUGACGUUUAUGGGCGGUUACCCGCUUUACCGCCACAUGGAUCCGGCGGGCAGCCCGUUCACCCGCCUGAUCCAGGUAUCGAUGGCAGCAUUCCGAAAGAGGAAACUGCCUAUGGUCUCGAACCCUAAUUUGCUUUACGAGAACGAUGAGAUCGAUGCCCCUAUCUCCUUGGGUGGAAAGCUUAUUCACACCACACACAUGAGAUUUCUGGACAAAGCAGCGAUCGUGACUGAGCAAGACAACCUUAAACCGGGUCAGGCCCCGAACCCGUGGCGACUCAGUACGGUUCACCGAGUCGAGGAACUCAAAUCGGUGAUCCGAAUGGGGCCCAUCGGAGCGGCCGGAAUCCUCCUCAUCACGGCCUAUGCCCAACAAGGAACGUUCUCUCUGCAACAAGCCAAGACCAUGGACCGUCACAUAACCGAAUCGUUUCAAAUACCGGCCGGUUCAAUGUCGGUUUUCACGAUCGUGUCCAUGCUCUUAACCAUCGUGUUCUACGACCGGGUUUUCGUCCGGUUCGCCAGGAGAUUCACCGGUUUAGAGCGUGGGAUCACGUUCCUCCACCGGAUGGGAAUCGGCUUCGUCAUCUCGAUUCUCGCCACGCUGGUCGCCGGUUUCGUGGAGAUUAAGCGAAAACGAGUCGCGAUGGCUCACGGGCUCGUGGACAAGGGCCAUUCGGUCGUACCGAUUUCGGUUUUCUGGUUGGCUCCUCAGUACGGACUCCACGGAAUUGCCGAAGCGUUCAUGUCGAUCGGACAUUUGGAGUUUUUCUACGACCAAGCUCCGGAAAGCAUGAGGAGCACGGCGACGGCGCUGUUCUGGACGGCGAUUUCGAUAGGAAAUUACGUAAGUACCCUCCUGGUUACGCUGGUUCACCGGUUUAGCGCCGGGCCGGAUGGGCGGAACUGGUUACCGGAUAACAACUUAAACCGGGGGAAAUUGGAGUAUUUUUACUGGUUAAUCACCGGUUUGCAAGUGGUUAAUCUCCUGUAUUACGUGUGGUGUGCGAAGAUUUACACGUUUAAACCGGUUCAGGUGCACGACAGCACGGAGAAGGGUAAUGGUCCGGUACGGGAUGGAGUUGAAUUAUCGAAUACGGUUUAGUUGGUUAACGUUUGAUGGGCUUUGGGUGUAAGUAAAUUAGCCAUGGAACAAGGACUCAUGUGUUAGAAAAUAGCCCAAAGUAGAGUAAGUAUAAAGUAUCAAUUUACUAUGUUAGUCCAAAAAAUGCGUGUGUAUUAUGUUUCUUUUGUAUGGUAUUACAACGUUUGAUUCAUAUUAUAUCAAUAAAAAAUCAACAUGUCCCCUUUUUCAUAAA